AUGGACCCAAUCAAGCUUGAAAAGAUUAAGGCAAUCAACAAAUAUAGAAAGAAUGAGCUUUUGAAGAAUCUCUUGUUCUAUGCCUUGACAACAAUAGCAAGUCUAUACUUGUUGAGCCCUCUAUGGCUUCCCUUCAUAACUUCUUCAAUGGAGGUCUUAUUAUUUGUGUAUGUCCCAAAACUCCCUUCACUCUUUUUUAGCUCCAAAUUUGUUUUCAUAGUGGGAAAUCUCAUUAUUGUUGCCCUUAUUGGAGAGUCCAAAAUCUUUUCAUCCUCACAAAAUAAUAAGUCAUCUCCAAUUAUUAGCACUAGUACUAGUAAUGAUCACUCUUACUAUGAAGAGUACAUAAGCACUAGUGCUAAGCAAAUCAUCAAAUACCAAGUAGUUUCAGCUCCUCCUCAUGAGGAAAAGAAAGUAAUAUGCAUUGAAGAAGAAGAGAAGAAAAUGAUCACUUGGGCAAAAGUAGAUGAUGAUGAUGAGAAAAAAAUUGUGGUUGUGGAGAAAAAGUUGGAGGAUUUUCAUAAUGAUGAUGAGGUUAUAACUACUAAUUAUUUGCCCAAUGAGGAUUUGAAGAAAAGGGCUGAUGAUUUUAUUGCAAGGGUCAACAAACAAAGGGUGUUUGAAGCUAGAGAAAUGCUUUCUAGUGAUGAUUUUGAAUAUUAA